GCACAGUGAGGUGUACACCAUUGCAGCAGAGAUGUCUGAUCUUUCCAUCUGCAUACCUGGAGUUGCUUUAUUCCCUGAAUGGUCUUUUCAGUGACCACUAAAGUCUUCUUGGGACUGAACACUGGAACAGAUGAGUUAAAUCCUUCUGGAAUGUUCUUCAUCAAAUGUAGAUGUACUGGACUUUCUGGAUGUGCCUAAGGACACAAAGACUGAAGAAGUCCUGAAGAUUGAUGGAGGGCCAUGCUAUUCAAACAGCAGGCGUUGCUGAGACAGAAGCUCUUUGUGCUAGGCAGCCUUGCUAUUGGAAGUCUCCUAUAUCUAGUUGCCAGAGUUGGGAGUUUGGAUAGACUGCAGCCCCUCUGCCCCAUUGAUGGUCGUUUUGGACCCCAUGGCCAGGACGAAAUCCCGUUGCGAGCCCUGCAGUUCAAGCGAGGUCUGCUCCAUGAAUUUCGAAAGGGCAAUGCCACCAAGGAACAAAUUCGACUGCACAAUCUGGUUCAGCAGCUUCCCAAGGCCAUUAUCAUUGGGGUGCGGAAAGGAGGCACCCGAGCACUACUGGAGAUGCUGAACCUUCACCCUGCAGUGGUCAAAGCUUCUCAAGAGAUUCACUUCUUUGACAAUGAUGAAAAUUAUGCCAAGGGAAUCGAGUGGUAUCGGAAAAAAAUGCCUUUUUCUUACCCUCAUCAAAUAACAAUUGAGAAAAGCCCCGCGUAUUUUAUCACUGAGGAAGUACCUGAAAGGAUUUACAAAAUGAACUCAUCUAUCAAAUUAUUGAUCAUUGUCAGGGAACCUACCACCAGAGCUAUUUCUGAUUACACUCAGGUGCUGGAAGGCAAGGAAAGAAAGAACAAAACUUACUACAAAUUUGAGAAGCUGGCUAUUGAUCCUAAUACCUGCGAAGUGAACACUAAGUAUAAGGCAGUGAGAACCAGCAUCUACACAAAACAUCUGGAAAGGUGGUUAAAAUACUUCCCAAUCGAGCAAUUUCACAUCGUGGACGGAGACCGGCUCAUCACGGAGCCACUGCCAGAGCUCCAGCUGGUUGAGAAGUUCCUAAAUCUUCCUCCGAGGAUAAGUCAGUACAAUUUAUACUUCAAUGCCACCAGAGGGUUUUACUGCUUGCGAUUUAACAUUGUCUUUAACAAGUGCCUGGCGGGUAGCAAGGGACGCAUCCAUCCAGAGGUGGAUACCUCUGUCAUAACCAAAUUGCGCAAGUUCUUCCAUCCUUUUAAUCAAAAAUUUUACCAGAUCACGGGGAGGACAUUUAACUGGCCCUAAACUAAACUUCAUACAACACUUUCUGUUGCACCUGAGGCAUGCAAUAGGAUGCCUCUGCUGAAAUAUGCACUUUUCAUUGAUACGGCUAGCAAAGUAACUUUUUUCAUGCAUAUGUGUACAUAAUGCAGUGUGUGACCAAAUAUAUGGUGGGAUUGAUUUUUUCUACAGAGUAGUAACUAACAUAAAUCUACUGUCAAUAUAGUUGCAUCUUUUAAGAUAUAAUAAUAAAGGGAAAGGAAGUAUUUAGGGAAACAGUCAGACAGUGUUAAAAGGGUCAGUGUUCCUCUUGCUUAGUGAGGUGUUUAUGUGACAUACUUAUUGAUCUAAGCAGAACAUUAGUUUAUGCCAUAAAAAUUCUUGUCAAAAGUCUGUAAAGCUGUGAGAAAACAUAAUCUUGAAGCUAUGUUUGGUAUGUGUAUUGCUAAAGGAAUACUGACACUUUAAACACAGUGCUGCAUUUUUACAACAAGAGUGAAUAGUACUAUUUUCUUAUUAUUUUAAAUGAAUAUCUUAUCUCAUACAAACUACUUUGUUUUAGAGUUCCUGUGGUGAGUUUGCACUAUUGUUUUAUUGUAUGGACCAUAGUGUCACUUGUAGCAUGUCAAUCAUGUGUCAAGAAAAGGUAAAAUAAUUUUUUCUUCUAUACUUGUGUGUUGACAAAGCUAAACAUGGUGUACAUAGUGUACAAUGUUUGUAAAUACUGGUUUCACACUAAGUAAUUCUAUUUU